UUUAUUAGCUUAUUUAAUUUCCUUUUUGAAUAGUUGAUUUAAGCAUUUAAAUUAGAUUUUAUUUCUGUUAUAUCACUAUAUUAUCAAUCUGGUCAAACUUUUCUACGUGUUAAUUUUCAGAUUUUGUUAUUUUCGGUUUACAUUCUGCUUCUUUGAAAUUAUUUUCUUUUUUAUUUCUAAAAUAUAACCUGUUAUCUAAAACGUGGCAAAUUAUGCAUGCAAUUAUUGUAUAUAUAGUAAUCACUAGAUAUGCUUUAAACAUCAACUUACUAGUUAAAUGUGCUUCUUAUUUUUUUUAUAUUUCUUAUGUUUCUUAUAAUUAACCUUCACAUUUGCCAUUAUUAAAAACAAGUCCCUUUUUACACUCCAAACAUUUAUUAUCGCCUGCUUAUGUGCAUUUUUCGCAUGAAAUAUGGCAAGGGUCACAUCUAUUAGUCUUCAUAUUUUUAAAUUUAGUUUAAGAACAUUCAGUUUUACAUUGGUUUUCAUCUAAGUAAGUAUUCCCAAAGCACAACAUUUCAUUACUACAGAGUCCAUUAUAUAAAUAGAAUCCCUAAAAACAUUCUGAACAUUCCGUAUAUUAUUUGCAGUUUAAACAAUUAGAACCACAAGGUUAACAAAUUCCCUAAGAAUCUGGGAAAUAAGAUUCAUCACAUUCUUAUUUACAUUAUUGAUUUUUGGUUAAUAAGUAAUUCUAUUUACAAGAUAGACACAUGUCCUUUUUUAUGCAUGUUUUACAAGUUAAGCCACAUAAUUCACAUUUUAAUGUACUUCUUUUAAUAUAUUUUCCUUCUUCACACGUAUCACAUGUAUUAGAAUUAGAACAAGUAAGGCAGGUAGGAUCGCAUUAUUAACAAAUUUUAUUUGAAUCCGAAAAUUAUUAUAUAUCGCAUUUAUCGGCACAUUUCUUAGUCUAUAAAAGAACUUAAGGAUUAUUACAUGUAAUACACUAAUUGCCUAGUAUUCCAUCUUCGCAGGUUCUGCAAUUAUUAUCACAUAUUUCACAAAAACCACUUCUUGUGUUUUUGUAAUGUCCCACAUCGCAUGUAUUACACGAAAUAGCAUUUGAACAAGUAAGACAAGUCGCAUUACAUGAUUAACAUGUCCUAAAAGCAUCUACAUACUAAUUCUAUUAGCAUGCAGAAACGCAUUUAUGGUCUUAAGUCAUAAAAUAAUUAGGAAAGCAUUCUGUACAUUAUUUAGAAGAAUUAUCAACGCAAGUUUUGCAAUUAGCAGAGCAAGGCAAACAAUAAUUAGUUUUAGAAUCUAAAUACAUACCUUCAUCACAUGUAGAACAUGAAUUUCCAUUAAUACAUGAUAAGCAUGAUAUAUUACAGGGUUAGCAUUUUUUCGUAAGAUCCGGAUAUUGUUUUGGCAAACAGGAAUUUUGGCAAGUUUGGUUUAUUUAUAAAUAUUAAGGAUCGUUACAAGAAAGGCAGGUAGUUUUUGAAACAUUACAAGUUUUGCAAUUUGGAUCACACAAUUCACAUAAACCACUUUCUGAAUUUAUAAAUGAUCCAGAACUACAAGUACUACAAGAAAUCCCAUCUAUACAUGUAGCACACGUACUAUUACAUGCUUUACAGAUAUUAGAAGAAUUCAGAUAUUAGUUUGAAUAGCAUUCCGUGACACAUUUUUUUUCCAGUUAUUGGUAAUAUAAAGGAGAUGAACAGGAAAGGCAUUUAGUUUUGUCAGUACCAUUUUCACAUGUAGCGCAUGAGGUAUCACAUGCUUCACACAAUAAAGUAUUCGUAUUUAAAAAUUUUCCAUCUGCACAAGUUUUACAAAUCAUCUCAUCAGUACAUGUAAGACAUAAAAUAUUGCAAUCACUACAUUUAGGUAUAGUAAUAUCAGUAGUAUCUAUAUAUUAAUUACUAUUACAAGCAUCUACACAUGUCUUGUCUUUUGUUUAUAAAAAGUAAGGUAAAUCACAAGAAGUACAUAUAUCUAUAGAAUCUUUUUCGUAAGUUUUACAAUCAAUACUACAUUAAUCCUUAUUAUUUAUAUGAAAACCUUAAUCACAUUUAGUACAAGUAGUUUAAUUAGUACAUGAUAUGCAUCCUUUCGUGCAUGCAAUACAUAUUUUAUCUUGAAUAUUUUUCUUA